AUGCUUUACAUUCACGCUGGCCAUUUACGGUCCGGUUCAGCUAGUGAGUGUGGCGUAAAUGGCAUUGUGCGGAAUUUAGUUUCGAGAGGAGUUGUCGUUGUUAUUAUUCAAUAUCGUCUUGGAACUUUGGGAUUCUUCACGACUAUGGAUGAAGAAUUUCCACCGAAUUUGGGAAUGCUCGAUCAGGUUGAGGCAAUUAAAUUUGUCCACAAACAUAUCAACAAAUUCGGUGGUGAUCCCAAGCAGCUGACCUUAUUCGGUGAAUCUGCUGGUGCCGCGUCAAUCUCCGCACAUACCUACUCACCAAUGACUAAAGAACUGUUCCACAAAGCGAUCCUUCAGUCAGGCAGCAUUUAUUUGUCUCUGGAUGGUGUAUUUGGUAUGAGCAGAAACUCGCAUGCUAUCGCCAAAAGCGUGUGCAACAUUGAUUUGCCCACAAAAGGGAAACUGAAUAAAACUACCCAGAGGCUAACAAAAAAAUGUUUUGUAGUGAAAAUUAUUUGUCAGUGUUUAUCGGAAUCCUUUAUUAAAACCACAUCAUUUUGCAGUAAACUCAAAAAGUGCAUGAUGGAAGCCGACGCCACAAAGUUCCUGCUUUUCGAACGGGCAAGUUUUUCAUACUUUCUCAGUCAAAAAAAUUGCCAGCAUCAAGAUGAACUAAUCUCACAAGUGAUUUCCUUAACAGUUGAUCCUUAG